AUGGCAUCAGCAGUUUUCUUCCUCGAUUUGAAGGGCAAGACCCUACUUGCUCGAAAUUAUCGAGGUGAUAUUCCUAUGUCAGCUGUCGAGAAAUUCCCUAUCCUCCUUAGCGAAGCCGAAGAAGAAUCCUCUGCCGUACCGCCAUGUUUUUCUCACGAAGGCAUCAACUACUUAUAUAUCCGACACAACAACCUCUACCUCCUUGCCUUGACGAAACGAAACACAAAUGCCGCCGAGAUCCUAUUAUUCUUACACAAGGUCGUUGAAGUCUUCACCGAAUAUUUCAAGGCGCUGGAAGAAGAGUCUAUUCGCGACAACUUUGUCAUUAUAUACGAACUGUUGGACGAGAUGAUGGAUUUUGGCUACCCUCAAACAACCGAGUCCAAGAUUCUACAAGAAUACAUUACGCAAGAAUCGCACAAGUUGGAAGUACAAGCACGACCACCUAUCGCCGUCACAAACGCUGUAUCAUGGCGAUCCGAGGGAAUAAGAUACAGAAAGAACGAAGUGUUUUUGGAUGUUGUCGAGAGCUUGAACUUGUUAGUAUCAGCGAACGGAAACGUAUUAAGGUCCGAGAUCUUAGGAGCGAUUAAGAUGAAGUGUUAUCUAUCCGGAAUGCCAGAACUACGACUCGGUCUAAACGACAAAGUCAUGUUUGAAACGACAGGGAGAACAACACGAGGCAAGGCUAUCGAAAUGGAAGACGUCAAAUUCCACCAGUGUGUCCGAUUAUCACGUUUCGAGAACGACCGAACUAUCUCAUUUAUUCCACCCGAUGGUGAAUUCGAGUUAAUGAGCUACCGAUUGAACACCCAGGUCAAACCUUUGAUUUGGGUUGAAUGUGUAGUUGAGAGUCAUUCGGGGUCACGAAUCGAGUAUAUGCUUAAGGCAAAGGCACAAUUCAAGAGAAGGAGUACAGCUAAUAACGUGGAAAUCAUCGUACCAGUACCAGAUGAUGCCGACUCGCCGCGAUUCCGAACUAAUAUUGGAAGUGUUCACUAUGCCCCCGAACAAAGCGCCAUAGUAUGGAAGAUUAAGCAAUUUGGUGGUGGCAAGGAAUUUCUCAUGCGAGCUGAGCUUGGACUUCCUAGUGUGAGAGGUGAUGAUGAGCAUGGAGGAGGAAUGACUGGUGGAUUUGGUGGAAGUAUGGGUGGUGUCACUGCAGGCAAGGGCGCCAAGAGACCUAUUCAGGUCAAAUUUGAGAUUCCCUAUUUCACAACGAGUGGUAUUCAAGUGCGAUACCUAAAGAUUACAGAGCCCAAGCUACAAUAUCCCUCAUUGCCUUGGGUUCGAUACAUCACUCAAUCCGGAGACAUAGCAGUGCGACUACCAGAUGCUGUAUAA